ACUGAGUGCGAACAUGAUGGCUUUACUACACUGAAGGACUCAACUAUACAGAUACAAAACUGACUAAUUUUGCCCCCUGGACACCACCCUAGGAAGGUUCUAAGAUCUCAACGGAACAAAACACCACCAAGGAUGAUCUAGCUGCACGAGGAAUGAGAGCGCCUCGUGCUGUAUUGCCUGUUAUUUAAGAUCAUAUUACCUGGACUGAUGAGCUUUAGUCCUGCACUGGAAUUUUUCCAACUUGUGCACAGUUAGCAGCGACUGCUGAGGAGGAUGACAUCUCUGCUGAACAGACUCUCACUCUGUCUCUGUGUGCUUCAGAUCAUUGUGACAGCGAUAAAAGGAGAGUUUGUGGAUCUCCCUCCAAAGAAUUCCUUACAAUCCUUGGCGGAAGAGGAGACUGUUCUGCCUUGCCGCUACCAGCCCAGUAACGGCAAUGUGGUGGUGCAGGUCACCUGGUUUAAGAAGAACCGUGAUGCCACCAAAGACCAGAUCAUCACUGCUCAUCGUGAGAACGGACAGACAGGGUUUGGGUUGUGGGCUCAACGCGUGCGCUUCAAAAGCAGCGAACCUACCGUGGACUCAACCCUGGUCAUCAUGAGCACAGGGCUCUCUGAUGAGGGGAUGUACAUUUGUCACAUCAGUACCUUCCCAUCUGGCAACUUUGACAAUGAGAUGUCCCUCAUUGUUUGGACCAUUCCCAUUUCCUCCUUGGAUCCUGUUGUUGUGGUGGAGGGGCAGGCCUACCGGCAGGUUGCCUCCUGUCGCUCCAUAGGCCACCCACCACCCCACCUCUCCUGGGACACUGAACUAAACGGCCAGUCCAUCAAUCGUUCCUUAGACAACGGGGCGGUCUCUACAUACUUCUCCUUGCACCCCCUGAGGAGCAUGAACGGCAAAAAACUGGACUGCCUGGUGUGGCAUCCGGCUUUUCCAGGCCCACGCAGGCUAAAAAACAACCUGGUAGUACACUUCCCUCCAGAUGCCGAGGUGUCAGGAUACAAUGGAGACUGGUUUGUUGGUUUGGAGAAUGCUGUCCUGACGUGCGCGAGUGGAGGAAACCCCAAACCGCACAGUUUCACUUGGUCCAGACUGGGAGGACAUCUUCCAAAAGAUGCCAUUGCCGACCCUAACGGAUCACUAGUAUUUGGGCGACCCCUCAACUCCUCAGAUGAAGGCAUCUACCAGUGUGAGGCAGUGAACGAAGUGGGAAAAGCGAAGGCGGAGGUGGAGAUUCGUCUGACAGACACCCAGCGAGAGCAAACACAAGUCAACAGCAUGAUGAUGAUCAUGCUCGGGGGUGCAGCCGGUGGGCUGCUGCUUCUGAUGCUCACCAUUAUCAUCACCCUCACAUGCUACCACAAACGCAAGAACAAGAGACUGAAGCAGGAGCUGAAUGACAAAAGGGAAGAAAUAAGCACUCUCUCCAGGCAAGCUUCUUUCAGGAGGGUGAACUCUUACAGCACUGAUGCUAGAGGAGCGACAGAAGAAAACAUCCCCCUAAAGGUGGAGGGAACCCUGAGGACCAGUCUGUCUUCCCUGGGGCCGGAGCAGCCUCACUGCCGUGACAGCAGAUCUACGAUCUCAGGUGGGCGGGGAGGAGGGGGAGCGUACGACUCCCUGGGUAGACCAGUCCUGUACAACAACUCCCGGAGGGGAAGAGACAGGUUUCUGGAUAGAGAAGAGGAUCAUCGGCUCAGAGUGGAGACAUAUGUGAGAAACAGCAAUAUGUCCUUGCAGGAAAGCCGUUUCCACCCUCCUCUCAUGCCGUCACCCUUCCCUCCACUGCACUCCACUGAGAUUUUAAGACACCUGAAUGGCAGCGCCCUCAUCCCAGUGAAUGGAGGCUCACGACAAGGAAGUAUCACUAAGAAUUACCUUCCUCCUCCCAUGAGCAGCAGCUACCCUCCACUACCAGACGACGAGGAUGAAGUCGAUGAAGGCUUGGGCGGGCCUGCCAGUCAAGAGCAUCCUGAUGAUCAAGUCAGUGAGGCCAGCUGUUCUAAUGUGUCCACGGCAACCAGCACUCAAAGCUCCAAACUGAGGAUAGCAAUGCCCAUUCUGGAGAGUCCCCACAACACCAUGAUCCACAAGGCCCAGAUUGUUUAACAGGUGGCAGCAAAAUGACAAGUUAAGCUACAGAACUGGGUGGAGAAAAUCAGUCUGCACCUUGACUAAAAUGCUGCAUCUUCUAUUUUCUGUACUAGGUACCAACAGAUUGCACAUAGUUUGGGGAUCAAUGUAAUAUUGUAUUCCUCUGGAUUAUAAGUACAGACAGGGACAAAUUUCCGCUGCAGCUAUGGGAUUUAAUCACCUAGCUUUCACAAUACAGAUGUUGGUCUAAUCAGCUGCAGCUGACAGGUGAAUGUGACACACCUUGUGAGGGGAGAUAUCGAAAGCGCUCAGACACAUGAGGCAGAAAAAGGACCGUGGGAACGAUGAUAAAUCACACUAAAGAUUACCACAUCUCAUGUUCUUUUUUUGUGAUCAGUGGAAGAGUAGCCAAGCUUUUGAGAAGCUUCUUUACACAAGAGUGAUUGGGGUCUGAUCCAAAUCUUUGCCCUGUGCAUCGCUGACUACACCUGAAACAUACGUACCUCCCUAUAAUGUCUCACUGUCUCUCUGUCUUCACCUCAUGCACUGAAACAAAUGGAAAUCUUUGCUCUGCAUGUGUAGUGGUCUGUAAAUCUGUACAAAUGUGCAUAUGAAACCUUUUUUUUUUUUUUUUUUAUCAAGGUCAUGCUCUGAAAUAUUUUUGUAAUAUAGUCCAGAUAAUAUGUUUCUAGCUGUUAGGUCACACCCAUAUCUUUCAUAUUUUGGACAAAAAUUGACAUUUUACAAAUGAAUUUUUACCUCUUCUCACAUGCAAAGUGGGUGGAAGCUGGACAAGAUGACAUAUCUUCUUCCACGGCCUUGCACACUGUUUUAUGCGGCUGGAUUUCAACACGCAUCUAAAGUUGCCACAACCACGGACAUGCUGCAUCAACACACUACUGGUGACAAGCUGGAGUUUUUCAGCAAUACCUUUCCAAGAGUAAUGUGACAUGAACUUUAAUACCAAGGCAAAACCAAGCAUGUAUUUUUAUAAGAUAUUCUGAGAAUUGUUGGGUUCUGUUGCAAUCCAGAUGUGCCAAAGGAAAUUUUCUAUUCAAAUUUUAAACAAAUAUGAAGUAUUAAUAUGUUCUCUACCCAUGCUAUUCUGAUACUGACUCAUUAUAUCUGCUGCAGACAUGUUUGCUCCCGAAAUAAGAGUCAAAUACCGACUAAUCUUUUAAUGUUUAGAUAAAGGAGAGUUGGUGACUGACUCAAAGUCAUAACUACAGCACACAGCAGUGAAGAGCUGACAUAUGGUUGGGUUGUUUUUGAGGCAGGCAGUGCCUCCUCGUGGGUAGAGUUGGAAAUGACAGGGACCUGGAUGAGCCUAUCAGUGGUUAUGCAUUAUUCACUAUGAUUCUGGAGAUCUUCAGGAUCGAGUGUCAUUAUUUGUGUUAUUACUUGUCAUUAUUUAUCAUUAUUUGGGUCCUUGCAUGGGCAACUGUGUUGAUGGGUAAAAAUAAAUGUGCAUGCUCUUUUUUAUAUAUAUAUAUAUAUAUAUAAAGGUACACUCAAAUGUCCAAACAUUUGGAUUUGCCUUUUGAGCUACGAGUUUUUUUUCCUCCCCCCACAUUGUAGAGUAAUACAGAAGACAUUAAAAGUUUGCAAUAAAUUUUUCAAAGUU